AUGGCCGACGGGUGGGAAGAAGAUCUGGAGAAGGCUCUGACCUGGACUGAAAGCGGUCAGUCCGUCCUCAAGCUGAACAUCCGCCACCUGUGGCUGUUCGGCCUCUGGCCACUGUACGAGUCCAGCGCAUUCCAACUGUACACAGUCUAUGUUUACAUUCUAGCCCUGUGGAACGUCACAGAGUGCUUGCUGACCGUUUACUUCGCAUGGGGAUACAUGGACGAAGUGACCCUGGUGAUCAUGUCAACCGCCUCCCACUUGAACGGCCUGAUCAAGAUGAUGUUCUUCCACUACGACAGACGGCGCUAUAAUGCGCUGACUCGCCGAGUGGCCUCUCUGCUCUCGGUCCAGAGCGACGUCUGCGGCAGGGAGUCUCCAAUGGCGGCCAUCGUGGACAGCUCUCAGAGGCACGCCUUCCGCCUCACGCUGUCGCUGUUGCUCUUCAUGUUCGCCCAGUGCUUCGUGUGGUUCCCCAUGCCGCUGUACACACACCCAGAGACGAGGCGCCUGCCCUUCGCUCAGCACGCCUGGGACAAUAACUCCAACCUGUACGGCCUCUCGUACUUCGCCCAGUGCGCGGCGGGAUUGUGGACGACGCAGAUAAGCUUCGGCUUGGACUGUCUCUUCGCGUCGGCCAUGAUCCUGGUGACUGCACAACUGGAUAUUCUCGCAGGGCGUAUUCUGGCCCUGAAGUAUGAUACCUACAAGGAGAAAGUCGAACAUUCUGAGAAGAGGCCAAUGGCGAAAUUCGGUGAUAAAAUGUACAAUGAUUUGUGCCUUUGUGUCGAAAGUCAUCAAAAAAUUCUUAGUUUCGUCAAUCAACUGCAGGACACAAUGAGCCCUAUCGCCAUGUCGGAGUUCUUUUUCAGCGUUCUUGUCAUAUGUUUAGGACUAUUUCAAGCAACAUUCAACGAGGACUUCGGAGCCGUAUUUGAGUGUGCAUCCUUCCUGCCAAUUCCGUGCGCUCACGUCUUUCUCUACUGCUGGGCAGCCAACAGUGUGACUGUUCAGGCGGAGGCUUUGUCAGCAGCUGCAUACAGCUGCUCAUGGAUGGAGGCGAGUGAGCGUUUCAAGCGUGCUAUGAGGAUCCUCAUCAGCCGCGCACAGAAGCCGCUGAUACUCACCGCUGGACAUCUCUACCCCAUCGAUAAGAAGGCAUUUGUCUCACUUGUAAAUGCAUCAUAUUCAUACUAUGCGCUUCUGAGUCAAACAAACAAACGCUAG